AAGAAACAUGUCAUUUGUAUUUUUGUGCUGGACAAUUUGCCAUAAUGGUAUUUUAGCUAAUGUUUAGCUUGAAUUUUUAAAUUGAUUUUAGAUAUAAUCUGUGCACAAGUUUUUCAAUUAUUGUUUGCCCUUAUCGUGAUGACUUUAAAAAGAUUGACUAAAUGCUAGUUUAGUUAUUGAGUUUGCUUAAAUAGUGUUGCAUUCUUUAGUUUUCUGCUUUACGUUAGCCGUUGGCUCGUUCAGGUGACUGCAUUAAUUUUUGGUUUUAGGUUUACUUUAAAAAGAAAAGGAAAUUUAAAGAACAUAUAUGCGAAGGCAACUCUUAUAAAUAAAUGUAAUCGUGGGAAAAUAAUGAGCUUUAGUAGUGUUUCACCAUCAUAAAUUUUGAACAAUUGGUUCACUAAUACCUCGACUCUGUUGUUGGUGGGUCUCUUUAUAUGCGUUGUAUGGAAAGAGGACUCAGUGAUUAUUUGUUUGUUGGUACCAGAAGUAUAUUAAAAAUUCUUUUGAGGAAUGGGCUAGACCGGGUCAUUUCUCAAGAACAAUAGCUAAAAGACCAGAUACUGCCACUUGGAUCUGGAACCUACAUGCUACAAUUUCAAUAGCCGGGUCAUUUUUCAAGAACAAUAUCUAAAAGACCAUAUACUACCACUUGAUUCUGGAACCUAUAUGCUGAUGCUUACAAUUUGAUAGCCAUGCCAGCGAUAUGGAGGAGAUUUCUCGAAAACAAUAUAGAAGAUGUUAUUGCAAAAUUUUCUCAAUUAACACCACAAGAGAGGGCAAAAAGGAAAUUGGAAAGCCUUGAAGCAUUAAAGAAAACUUUUAAGAAAUUGGACCAUGAUGUAAAUAUACAAGACUUUCUGGGUUCCAGCAGUCAAACAGUUGAGGAGUUGACUGAUCAGGUUAGGUUAAUGCAAGCGCAACUUACAGAAGUACAGCAGAGACUGAGCUAUUGGAGUGAUCCUGAUAAGGUUGACAGAAUAGAACAUCUUAGGCAGAUGGAAGACUCACUAAAAGAGUCGAUUAAUCAACUCCGUAUGCACAAGGAAGAUAUUGGGAAGUGCCAACUUAUGCCUCUGGAAUGCAAUAACCAGUUUCAGAGUGGAAUUGCUUUACCUUAUAUGAUAAAUGGUUUACAAGAGGCCCAACCAUUAUCAUGGCUUCCAAACAAUGGCAAUCAACAUCUAAUAAUAUCCAACGAACCAAGUUUUUUGCCCCAAAGAGAUAUAGAGUGCACAACCAAUGCAUCCCUUCCAGGCUAUUCUGGUUUCUAUGAUACUGGAAAACAAACUGAAAUUGGAAAACCUGGACCAGUUGAUAACAUGGGACAGGAAGGUGGUGCAUUGAGAAGUUUAAGUAGCAAUACAUGCUUAAAUGUACAACUCGAUGAGCAAUUCCUAUACCCUCCGUACAGUAGUUUAAAUUUGCCUGAUGUUAAGGAAGUGAAGCCUGAGAUGCAGAUGAAUAAUCAAGGAAAUCACACUGUUUAUCAAGUCAAUAGCAACUUUGAACUGCCUAGACCAAUGUAUGACAAAGAGCAUCAUACUUGGUUUUCUGCUUCUGGGCCUUGCAGCAUUGCAAUGUUUAAUGAGAAUCCAUACCAUCAGCAAUCAAAUUAAUCCUACCGAGAUGAACAUUACUUUCCUUUGAUGGGAAGAGUGCUUGCUGGAAGAAUCAAUGGUGUGAUCUUAUAACAUAUUAUGAAGCAACCCAUUUAUGAGAAGGGAGGUUUUAGGACACAAUUUUGAUACAUGGAAGAGAAAUCAACAGAGAGAAUAUUGCGAAUCGACUGGAUUUUUUUUUCCAUCUCAUAUUUCUAGGCUGUUAGCUGUAUAUAUGAUAUACAUCAUAAAUUACCAAGCCAUCUAUAUAUAUCUAUAUCUUUAUAUGAUCUCUUAUGUUCUUUAAUGACACUUUUGUAGCGGGAUUAAGCUUCUGUUAACAGGCUGUAGUCACCCGAGCUGUAUAAUUGUAAUUUGUAGAAAAUGAAAACAAAAUUUGUGCCACAGUUUCA